UUUUAUUCUUCUUAUAUUAAUUUUAUUUUCUUCAAACUCAGAGAAUCACAUUCACAUCUGCUCAAAUCCCUCCUUCUCCUCUCCAAGUUUUCCUUUCAAUUCUCUAUUACGGAUUCCGAAUAUUCAUUUAAUAUCACUUGAUCUAGUUUUCAUAGUGUAUGUUUUUUAACAGUUGAUUUCAAUCACACGUGUCAGGAUUGCAGCAUUUAAAUUCCUAAGUUAAAUGAAGAGAUAGAGAGAAAAAGGUAUUGCAGGUCAUGUUGGCAAUUGGAUGAAGAUGUAGGAGGAUGCGCAGCUUUUUAUGCGUGGAUGGUGUGUAAGGAUAUAUCGCACUCCGUUGGUUUUCAAUACAGCUUUAAUUUCUCAGUAUUAGAUGCUCGUUAGAGUCGUUAAGUAGAGAGCGCUGGAGCCAACUAAAUAUUUUGCCUUAAACAAGUCAAUUAUUGUUCAAAAUUAAGAGUUCCUAUUGUGCAUUGUAAUUCCUAAAUUAUCUAAUGCGCAAUAACCCUGGCACUUCUAUGAUUCCACUAAGCGGAUUUUGUUUGAGAUCGACUAUUUAUAAAUUCGACAUCUUUCACAAGAUCUCUGAGAUCUUUCUGAAAUAAAUUAAUGUUGGAAUGCCGGCGUCCUAUUGUCAAUUUUACCGUGUUUACUAUUCUGAUAAAUAUAGUUCUCAUGAAAAUGGGAGGUCAUCAAUCACGAAGUGUAUCCUUACCUGGAGAAGAAGUCAAUUUCAACCAUUUUCAAGUGCUUCGAGCAAUAGGAAAAGGGAGUUUUGGCAAAGUAUGCAUCGUAAAAAAAGGAGAACACAGUGGCGAAAUGUAUGCAAUGAAGUACAUGCAUAAAACCGAGUGUGCAAUGAGGGGUGCAUUAAAAAAUGUAGCUCGAGAGGUGGAAAUCAUGUCGAAAUUGGAGCAUCCUUUUCUCGUAAAUCUCUGGUUUAGUUUUCAAGAUGAAGAGGAUUUUUUUAUGGUGACUGAUCUACUUCUUGGUGGAGAUUUGAGAUAUCAUAUUCAGCAACAAGUACGAUUUUCUGAAGAAAGCGUUAUCUUAUUCAUAGCAGAGAUCGCUUUGGCUUUGGAUUAUUUGAAGAGUAAGAAGAUUAUUCAUAGGGAUAUAAAACCCGAUAACAUUUUACUGGAUGAAGAAGGACAUGCCCAUGUAGCUGACUUCAAUGUUGCAACAAUGCUGGAGGAUAAUGAAUUGGCGACGUCGAUGUCUGGGACCAAACCAUACAUAGCUCCAGAGAUUUAUAUGUGUUCCUGUGAGGCCUAUGGAGUCCAUGGAUACGGAUACUCAGUUGAUUGGUGGAGUCUGGGUGUUUUGGCGUGGGAGGCUCUUGAAGGUGUCCGACCAUUUCCUAUCCACUCCGGUACUAGUUCCAGAGAAGCUCUUCGAAUAAUGCAGGAUUACAGACCGGUUUUCUCUUCCAAAUGGAGUGUACCAAUGUCACAACUCCUUGAUAGCUUACUCACAUAUGAAUCUAAAAAACGUACAGCAUCUCUUCAGCAACUACAACAAGCAAAAGCUAUGAAUCAUUUAGACUUUGAUAAAGUACUUUGCAAAAAAAUUAAACCUAAAUUCACACCGUCCAAAAGCCAUCUAAAUUGUGAUCCUACCUUUGAGUUAGAGGAGAUGAUUAUUGAAGAGAGACCACUUCACAAGAAAAAAAAGAGGCUGGCAAAACAACGAUCGCUUAAAAGUCAAGAUCCUGAGAAUCAGAUAGAACAAUUUCCAGCCAAUGGUUUAGGAAUUAAUGUAUUGACUGAUCCUACUAGUCUUGCUUUUAUUCCAGAAUAUCCUGUUUAUAAUAGAGCACGUGAACUAGAGCAGCGACAAAAAGAAGAAAAAGAGAAACAGUGGGAGGAAGAACUUAAACUUGCUAUGGCAGAAGCUGAGAGCAAGUUAAAGUAAGUCUAUUUCAAAUCAAAUCAACAAAUAACAAAUAAACACCAAACAAUUUUGUCAUCAACUAAUAAUCAUUCUCAUUUUGAAAAUAUUUCAUUACAACCAAGAAGACUAUCUGGAGCUACAUCUUCAGAUAUUGAUUUUAUUGAUGCCAGCCCAGAAGUGUCUACCUCUUAACACCUUUUGCUAACUUGUUAUUAUUCUACAUAUUCUAAAUAUAUACAGAGUUCUUAUUAAGAACUUAUUGGAGGAUUUUAUCUUUACUUACAAAAAUCAAAACCUAAAGUGUAUGCUUCCUUAUAUUGAUACUUGAGAAGAUGAAAAAUAAUAUACAAAAAUGCACAAUUUACCUUUAAUAAUACUAUAUUUUAUAUGUUAAAUAAAAAAUUCACUAGCUAUUCAUAAUUAUGUAAA